CUGUUCUUCAAACAUUUAUCUUAAGUGGCGUUGGCUAUAUGUGCAGCAUGUGGUAUUUGGUGACGGCUGCUUUCCUUUUUGGAUUCUCAUUUGCUCAUGGAUCCAGUGCAGGAAAGGAAUUUGUCUGUGGAUUUCUGGCCACAACUGAUACUGCGUUACGAUUAGAUAUUGCCUCAAGCACGAAAGGUGAAGUCGAAAUAUACAUACCAUUUCUGGGACUAAACCAAACUCACUCGUUCGAAAGAACAUUUUCAACUACGGUCAACAGAAGCCUUCAGCUUUUUGGCACUCAGAUUGGACACAACGUUGUGUAUAUUAAAUCAACAGUGGAUGUAUCGGUGUACAUAACAACAUAUAGAUAUUAUAAUGACAUUGAAGACACGCAUCUAUGCUUGCCGGUUCAAACGCUCGGAAGAACUAUCAUAUUUCCAGUUACAUACCCAACGCUAACAAAUAUUAUCCAUCGUAAUUUAUGGUGAUGUCACCGUUUGCAAACACUGAGGUUAAUAUUACAUUUCCUAACGGGACUUGGAUAUCGAAGACACUGGAGUGGUUGGAUGUUUAUCAAGAAAUGUCCCCGUCAACUGAUCUCACCGGAACAAUCGUCCAGUCAAGUAAACCCGUAUCGGUUGUGAGUGGAGCGUCUUGUUCGUAUGUCAUUCAAAAGAAUGAUUGUGAUAUGAUCAGUGAACAACUAAUUCCAACGAAUGCUUUUCAAAGAAUGUUCAUCGUUCCGCCAAUCCUGUCGAACCGAUUCGUGGUUCGUAUUUUUAGUAGUCAAAUAAAUAGCACAGUAUGCGUGAGAGACGUAGCGGUUGAAAAUUGCACAAUGAUGGGUUCAAAUCAGUGGAUAGAAUCCGCACCAAAACGUUCGUCCUUGGUAGUCACUAGUCACGAUCCUAUUUCCGUCAUACAAUAUAAAGAAUCUGAUACGUACAUGACAAUUGUUCCAAGUAUUCAACAAUUUAUUAACUCGUAUACAUUCGUUGUACCAGAGGUUUAUAUUAACCACGAUAACUAUAUUUCCGUAACAAUUCUCACCGCCGCAUCGCAAACACUUCGUCUAGACGGCAAACCACCACGUGAUCACCUCGUGGACACUGCUAACGUGGCUUCUCCAUUUAACAAUUAUACAGUCCUCACAUUCAGAAUUACCACUGGCUUGCACGUGAUGACAACGACAGAAACAGACGUGGUGUUUGGAUUGAUUGCAUUUGGAAACUUUACCUUUGGUGCCUACGGUUUUCCAGCUGGGAUAGACCUUGUGUCAGCACCUAACAGACAAUUUCAGUGCUACAGCUGUGCUGAAGUUUCUGACCUGAGACUGUGUGACACGGUGCAACGAUAUGUUCCUGAGGAGUUAUGCAGUAUUGAAGAAUUUGAUCGACAGGGACAAUCCAAUUUCAAGCUAGGCUGCGUGGCUGCAACAUGUAGUGUCAUUGAACACGGCCGUCCUUUUCCAAGGUGCAAAUCCUGUUGCAGCGAAGAUUUGUGUAACACCAACUGCACGUCCGGCCAUGCUGCUUCAAUCAUAGGUUGAGAAGUGGAGGCUAAUGCAAGCGGAAUACUUUUCGUUUAUAAAAACAUUCAUAACUAAUAGGUUAUUAUGUGGGUAUUUUUAAAUCUCAUUAAACGCGGUUGUGCUAAGUUAUUAUGUUUCUUGAAAAUUAUAUUCACUCAUAUCUUUAUACUUGUUGUUAUUGUUUACCAAAAUAUAAGCGUAACCCUUCCCCACUCAGAAGCAAAAAGAAAAUGACUUUGUGCAAAUAGCAUAAAACCAGAACAGCCUGCGAGGAUUCGCAGUCUGUUCAGGUUUUAUGUUGUUGGCUGCUCAACAGUAUCUAAGGGUUGGCAAUAAAGCCUUUAAAACUUGAAUACAGUAAGAAAGGUCUUUAAUUAAAGAUAACUUUCUAACGGACUACAAAUGCGUAAAAAUACUACUACGUGGUAAAGGGUAAAACGCAUGAAAC